UCCUGCACGGCACAGCUACAGGUCGCUCUGAGCUCAGCACAGGUGUGACUGCGUCUGUAUGCGGACACCGUCUCUGCCUGUUAAUCAUCUCCCUGCUGCAGCCCUUUUAUCGCAGACAUUUGACUGCUGCUGAGCGCCCAUCUUGGUCAGUUUCACUGUAUUAGCACCUUGGGAUCAUCUCCAAUAGACCAGAUCGGGUACAAGCAAAGUUUGCAUCUACAACUGGCCAGAACAAUGAAUUUUGAUGAAAUUCUGAGUAGAAUUGGAGGCUUUGGGAAGUUCCAGAAGCUCUUGUACGUUUGGAUCUGUAUACCUCAGAUCUUCUUGGCGUUCCACAUGCUGGUGUCUGUAUUUACCGGAGCCGUUCCUCCUCAUCUGUGCCGCUCUGCUUGGCCCUCAGCGGACACCCCCGCCACCUUGAACUUCAGCCUUCUGAGCGGCCCUGACAGCCGUCCUGAACUCUCCUGCACCAUGGCCUCGAACCACAGCGGCGCUGCAGCCGGCGGAGACGGACACCCCGCCGUGAGCUGCCAGGGUGGCUGGGAGUACAGCACGGAGACAUUCCAUAGCACCAUAGCAACUGAGUGGGACCUGGUCUGUUCCAACGCCAGCCUCAACAAUGUUGGCUCGUCCAUCUACAUGUUCGGACUCCUGGUCGGAGCUGUUCUGUUCGGUCACUUGGCCGAUAAAUAUGGCCGCCGAAUCAUCAUCCUCAUCAGCCUGGCCAUCCAAGCCACCUUUGGUGUCGCUGCUGCUUUCGCUCCAAACUUCUACGUCUACACCGCCCUGCGCUUCAUGGUCGGAACAUCCAUCUCCGGCGUCAUCAUGAACGCCUUUGUUUUAGGUACGGAGUGGACGGGCCUGAGGAAGCGCAUGCUGGCUGGUAUCAUCACAGACUACUUCUUCGGCUUUGGGUACAUCAUACUGGCCGGUGUGGCGUACCUCAUAAGAGACUGGCGGAAGCUACAGCUGGCUAUAUCUGCACCUGGCUUCCUCUUCAUCGUCUACAUUUGGGUUCUGCCUAAAUCAGCUCGCUGGUUGAUGGCCAACGACAGGAACGAGGAAGCAUGGGAAGUGAUCCUGAAGGCAGCAGAGAUGAAUGGGAAACCAAUCAGCAAGGACCUGGAGAUGUGUCAGGUUUAUCAGACUGAUGAGAAAAGCGUGCUGAAGAAAAAACAUUCCUUCAUUGACCUUGUUCGAACCCCAACAAUGAGGAAGCGCUCCCUGAUUGUCUUUUAUCUUUGGUUCGUCAACGUCCUCGUUUACUACGGCCUGUCCCUCAACAUUUCCGACUUUGGAAUGAACAUCUUCUUAACCCAGAUGAUCUUUGGCCUGGUGGAGAUGCCUGCACGCACCAUCACACUGUUCACCCUCAACCGCUCACGCAAGUUCUCUCAGCUGGCUUUUCUGGUAGUGGGAGGGACUGCCUGCCUUCUAACUACCUGCAUCCCCAACGACUUGCCCAUUGUCAGAACAGUGCUGGCCAUGGUGGGGAAGUUUGGGAUCACGGCGUCUCUGUCGAUCAUUUAUGUCUACUCAGCUGAAGUAUUUCCAACUGUGAUCAGGCAAAACGGGAUCGGUAUAGGAUCCAUGUGUGCGCGAAUCGGAGGUGUUCUGGCUCCCAUGAUGUACCUUUUGAGAAACAUCAAUCCUCAUGCUCCCAUGAUUCUCUCUGGCCUGUGUCCGCUCCUGGGAGCUGGAUUGACCCUGCUACUUCCUGAGACGGCCAACAAGCCUCUGCCUGACACGAUCGAGGACAUUGAGGGAGAGAGCCUCAGUGAUGCAGAGGACUGUGUGAAGGCGGGCAUCUUUGAUCCCAGGACCGUUCCCGUGGAAACCCCCAGGACUGACUAGCACCCCAGCACCAGCUGAUGCAUUUCAUGCGGCAUUCAGUAUUGUUCCAUUCACGUUUUUUUUUAAGACAUACGUCUUUGCCUCCAGUGGAAGCCUCAGUUAGACUUUGUGUUUAUGGGUCUUUACAAGCUACCCAAACUCUAAAACUCUUUAAAAAAAAUCGGUUUGUGUGAAAGUAUUUUUCCUCUUCCUUGAUCAUUCUUGUAUGACUGUUUUUUUAUGCAGCCUUUACUCUUGUUCCAGUGUGUUAUCUUUAUUGUAUAUGUUAGAAUGUGGCACUCUGGUGAAGAUGUCUAAAGUCCUAGAAUACAAAUGUGUCUAUUGCAGUAGCUUAUUCUCACAAUGAAAGAUGUAGAAAAAUGGAACCUUUAAUUUUAUGAUGUUCAUUCAUUCAUUGGGGGGAGGGGGGAUUAAUCUUAGGAAAUUGUUUCUACAAUCUCUCCUGCGGCCCAAUUGUUACCACUCCGGCUACCAAUAUUUUGUACUGUGUUGUUUUACCAGGACAGCCCUUGGUCUCUAAUGGUAGAGGCGACAAAAGUUUUAUUUAAAACCAUGGGGUUCAUGAUGCCGUGUACUCUAACACAUUUCUCAGUGCCUUUAGAUCAGUGGUUCCCCACCCUGGUUCCCCAGUACACCUGUCCUGUAUGUCUCAGACGUGUCUCUGCUUCCCACCUGAUUUAAAUGGUUGCAUGACCUCCUCUGCAUGCAACCAAGGUCUGCAGCAGUCUCCUAAUCACCCUCACCUUUAAUUCAGGUGUGUGGCAGCAAGGAAAGGCCUAAAACAUGCCUGGGCAGGGGUACUUGAGGACUAGGGUUGGGUGCCACAGUUUUAGAUGACAAACAGGCCCACAGCAUCUCAGAGCCUUCACCAUACUCAACAUCUGAAAUGUCCAUCUCUUUCUUGGCUUCAUCUUUUGUUUCGCACUCAACCCACUAAAGGUGUUGGUACAAAAAAUUCAAUCUUAAUCUCAAAGCAUACAGCUCUAGUGAAAGUCCCCGCACACCCCACAUGUUUUCAGUUGUGAUGGUAGGAUAGGACUUUUUUUGUUGUUUUUCUUUUCAAGCACCUUUCCCAAACGAGUGCAGUGGUUGCCACUGAGAUCUAUUGUGUUCAAGAUGCCACUCUUGGCUGCAGUUCUCCAGUAGUGAGAGGUUUAGAUUUUUACACCUUUUGACCAUCAUGCUUCCUGUGUGUUGUGGCUAAAUGAAUCUGGGUCCUGGUCCAGCCUCCUGGAAAUUGGCCUUUGUGUGACAUCAUAUUUAUCCCCCAGGAAAACUGAAAGUCAUUGAUUGCUAAGAAGUUCCUGGAAUGUCUGGUCAACGUAAAACGUAAUGAAGUAUAAAUAAUGACCAUGGUUUUGCUUUAAAGGGAUUGUUAGGGAAGCCGAUAAUUGUGUUGCUGAUGAUUUGGUUGAAAAAAAUUAUUCCUCAACAUGGGGUUUAUAAGCGCUGUAUUUUUCAACAUUUCUGUGUGUGAGAGAGAUUGCUCGGCUGCUUUAAAAGAUAAUUCAACCUGUUACCAAAUCUUUACAGGGGUGCCAUUAUUUUUGUUAAAUUUUUUUACACUCUAAAAGUCUAAUUUAUCCGUGUAUGUACAACAAAUAUCCUCAAGUAGGUGGAGAAUUGUCUCGUGGCAAGUUGGUGAUGUCUGAAGCCACAUGGCUAUAAAAGGGGCAGAUAAGAACCCUCCUGUGGCAUUGUUUUGUGUUUUUAGGCCUUUUGGGACCACAGUGCAAACUGAAAAGGCAAAGCCGACAUAGUUUCACCUCACAACUCUGUCCUGGUGUGAGGAAACGGUUCAUGUCUAACAGUAUUGUUCGGAUAAUGCUUUGUGUGUCAGUUGAGUCUCCUUCACAAGAACUCUCAUGAUCUUGAUCACAGGUGUCCAAACUUUUUAGCCACUUGGGCCAAAAUUGGAAUAUACAAUUACUCAUGGGAUGAAAGGAAAUCUUAUCAUUUUUGAAACAUUAAGAAAUUGUAUUAGUUUUUUUCAGCAGCUCAAAAAUGUACUUAGCAUACAAUAUUUUGAUAAAAAAAAUAAAGCAGUCACUUUUUAGUGGGAAAGUGAUGUACAUUCACUAUUGUAAACCAUUGCAGAUCCAAAACUUAAAACUUUAAACUUUUGAGUAUUUCAAUAAUAAAAGAAAGACAUCCAGUUAGAAAUUCAUCUGAGCUGAAUUAAGAAAAGAAAUAAAUGGAAACUGACUAUUCACAGCAACAAGAACAGGAUUUAGUUAAUUCUUUCUUUGAAAAUGACUGCUUUAUCUGCCCAAGUUAAAAUAAUUCAUUAAAAGCAGCUAUUCAGGGCCUCAAAGUCUGUUUUUGAGUAAAAGUCAUUGGAUGUGGUCCUAUUUUGUAUGAAAAUUAAAGAGGAUAAUAAAAGCAUGGUUAUUGAAGACAAAAUGCUUUGUGCCUAAAAUAUUCCAUUGAAAGAAAAGGAAGAAAAUAUAAGAACAUUUCCUGGUAAUCAUUUUACCCUAAUUUAAAAAAAAA